UCUCGAUGUUGCGUGUCUAGUCGCCCCGCCGCAGACGUAGAAGACGAAAAAGGUCACCUUGUGCUAAGCAGACAAGAAUGAGUGAGAGAGACAUCACAACAUUGAAUGAUAGACUACUGAGCGCUGUAGAGAAGUCACGUUUUUUGAUGAAACGGAUUUUGGAUGAGGUUGAAGGUCUUCUGGAUGAAGACGCUGAAGUGGAUGCGUGUGAUAAAGAUGGAAUGACUGUACUGAUGUACGCUUGUAGGAAUGGCUCCAAGUCAUUAGUUGAGCUUUUGUUGUCUAGAGGGGCAGAUAUCAACAGAACUGAUAAAUGGGGUUGGACUGCUCUAAUAGUGACAGCAUGUCAUGGUUAUGAUGAAAUCAUUGACAUCCUGUUAGCUGCAAGAGCAAAUGUUAAACAGAAGGAUGUGCAUGGUAGGACUGCAUUUAAUUUGGCUAUGAUGAAUAGUCACUGGUCAACAGCUGGUCGGUUGGUGUUUGCAAGUGAAAGAGUUGAAGAUCUUACAGUUAAGACUUGUCCUCCCGUGUUCCAUUGGGCAUGUAAGAACAAGAGAGUUGAUGUUGCAAGAAAUAUUGUGGAACAUCACGGAACAGAAUGGAAGGACGACGAUGGUCGUGAUGCAUUGGAUAUCGUGGCUGUUUAUGACAACGUGGACAUUGCUGACAUCAUCCUGAAGAGAAGACUGCCAGACGGCAACGAUGUGGAAACGACUGUUUCUAUGUCAAUGGAAGAUGUUGCAGUGGAGACUCGAUGUGUCGCGUUACACUGGGCACACAAGAACAGUAGAGUGGAUGUGAUAAGAAAGAUUGUGGAGCAGGGAACAGAAGUGAAGGACAGAUUGGGACGAAGUUUACUUCACUAUGCUGCUGAUCAUGGCAACUGUGAUGUGGUUGAUGUUCUCUUGAGCAAGAAGGCAGAUGCUGAUGCUAGAGACGAGGAUGGCAAGAAGCCUUUUGAUUUGGCUAUGAUGAAAGGUCACUUGUCAACAGCUGGUCGGUUGGUGUUUGCAAGUGAAAGAGUUGAAGAUCUUACAGUUAAGACUCGUCCUCUCGUGUUCCAUUGGGCAUGUAAGAACAAGAGAGUUGAUGUUGCAAGAAAUAUUGUGGAACAUCACGGAACAGAAUGGAAGGGCAAAUAUGGUCGUGAUGCAUUGGAUAUUGUGGCUGUUUAUGACAACGUGGACAUUGCUGACAUCAUCCUGAAGAGAAGACUGCCAGACGGCAACGAUGUGGAAACGACUGUUUCUAUGUCAAUGGAAGAUGUUGCAGUGGAGACUCGAUGUGUCGUGUUACACUGGGCACACAAGAACAGUAGAGUGGAUGUGAUAAGAAAGAUUGUGGAGCAGGGAACAGAAGUGAAGGACAGAUUGGGACGAAGUUUACUUCACUAUGCUGCUGAUCAUGGCAACUGUGAUGUGGUUGAUGUUCUCUUGAGCAAGAAGGCAGAUGCUGAUGCUAGAGACAAGGAUGGCAAUAAGCCUUUUGAUUUGGCUGUGAGAAGAGGUCACAUGUCCACAGCUAAUCGGUUGUUUUCAAAAAUGCAGUCAGUUGAAGAUGUUGCAUUAGAGAAUGUGUGUAAGCUGCUGCAGUGGGCAUGUAGUAAUGAAGUGGAUGUUGCAAGAAAGAUUGCAGAGAAGUUUUGUCAAUCAGUGGAGAAGGAGUCUGGUCGCACCUUACUUCACUUUGCUGCUCAGCUUGGUCAUAGUGAGGCAGUCGAGUGUCUGUUGGAGAAGAAGGCUGAUGCAGAUGCUAAAGAUAUGGAUGGUAAGAGACCCUACCAACUAGCUAAUGGUGAACUCAGAAGACGACUGAGGAAAGCAAUAGAUGAACAGAAGUAUGCUGUUCUUUAUGCCGAGGGCACAGUGAGACCAGAAAUCAUGAAAUUGUGUUUCAUCGGUAAAGAAGGAGCAGGAAAGACGACACUCAUGGAGGCUCUCAAACGAGGAUUGUUGAAGUGGAUUUUUGCAAACGAGAAUCAAGCAGAUGACCCAAAAUGUGAAGAGGAACGCACGAUUGGUAUCAACGUGAUGACAGUCGAUAUUCCAGGAGUGGGUCGCUUGUCAGUGUGGGACUUUGCAGGUCAAGGGCAGUUCCACAAAACGCACGGCCUCUUCUUCCCCUCCAACUCGUUCUUCAUCCUGCUAGUGAGUCUAGUGAGAGGAGAGGAGAGACGGCUGUGCAGUGUUGAGGAGUUGCUAAAAGAGCUUCAGUAUUGGCUCUCAUUUCUCAGAGCCAGUUUGGAUGCAGAGUUUAUACCCACAGUGUUGAUAGCUGGCAGUCACAUAGAUUACUGUCCAGGCCGUGAGAGUGUCUUGCAGCGUGUGGUCGACGACAUGCGUGAGCUGUUCGAAGGCAAGAUCAACAUCCUUGAAGUUUGUUUUGUUCUGGACUGCAGGAAGAGCAGGUCACCUGAAAUGAAACAACUAAAGAAAGUUCUCUGUGAUGUGAAGCAGCAGUUGCAGCAGUCUGCUCCUCUGUAUCCUCGUCUUUGUGAGCCAGUCGUGUCCAAGUUGCUUCCUUCUCUUCGUAAGAAAGAAGAAGAUCCGUUCAUGGAGAAGGCAACACUGAUGGAGAGGAUUGAGCAGGAAGCAUGUCCAGGACAAGAGAAGAAGGUUGUAGAGAAGGUAGUUGAUUUUUUAGAUGAUUCAGGAGAGAUUGCUGUUGCGGGUGAUGUGGCAGCUCUCAAUCCUGCAUCUCUACAUCAUUAUGCCAUCGGUCCUCUCAUUGCUUCUGAGGAUUUUAAGUGGCAUGUCAGGUCAAAGAGGAAGGAUGGCACAGUAACAAGAGAAGAAGCAGAAUCAGCAAUCGAUCGUUUCCAAAAAGAUAAGAAGAUUCAAGUUCAACUCAACACAGAUAAAGUUCUGGCUAUAAAUGAAUCUCUUGAUAUCUGCUUCAAAGUGGAAGGCAGAGACGACACGUACAUGUUUCCAGCUCUCUUGCCUCCGAAGGAUCUGUCUGUCAUGUGGAAGAGAGACGAGAGUAAGAAAGUGUAUGUCGGUCGACGUCAAGUGUGCAGCAGUCAGACGACCAUCUUCAGUCCAUCUGCAUUUGGCAUGUUUCAAUCUAAAGUUUGCACUACAUUAGAUAAGAAAGCACAGCUGUGGAGGAAUGGACUUAUCACAUCACAAGGUGAUGAAGCUAAAUUUCAUGUCCAGUGUUUGAUUGCCAUGGUAGAUCCUGUUCGUUCUGUCGACUUUGUCUGUCGUGGAGGUGAGGCAACAGAAGUAGAAUGCAUUUCCCUGCUCGACACUGUCAUGUCUCUUUGGAGAGAUAUGUUAGACACAUACAGUCCAGGCACUGACUAUGAGACCAAAUAUCUGAGCAGAAAGCAUUUAGAGGAGCACAAAGAACUGAAACAAGUUGCUGUUUACUCUGAGGAGGAAAUCAAAGAAGCAAAGGUAACUGGAAAAGGAGCAAAAGCUGCUGUAAAACAAGUAGUUGGUGAUGAGCUAGUUGUAGAAAGUCUUGGUGACUUGUUACUGUCAGAAUUGAAUGCAGAAGAAGAAAACUGUCAAUUUUGCCAAUCAGGAAUGUUGCCCGAUUAUGAGACUGUAAGGAAUACUGUUGUUAAACACGGCAGUAGUCAGUGGUAUGAGAUUGCAGUCAAGUUGGGACUGAACAACAACAAGAUCAGAGAAGAAACUCACAACAAAGCUACGGAUGGUGGCAAGUUGACGGCUGUUAUUGAAGCAAAGAGGGAGCAAGUUGGAAAAAUGGAAACAGUAAAGGAGUCGUUGAGAGCGUGUCAUCGGAUACACACACCUAUAGACAGAGAGGUGGAAGAUGAAUUAGAAAAGAAAGGGAAAGAAUGUUAGCUGUGACUAGGACGGAUGUGAACAUUACUGCAGCAAAGUUGUUUCAUUUCCUACCACAGAAUGUACACCUCGGCUCUAGGUAGUCACAGUAUUUAUAUUAUAUAGUGGACACUUUAUAUAUUUGUCAACAAAGAGUAUUAUCUAGCUGUAAACAGACUAGGUCCCGGAUGUAAUAUGGGACAUUUCCUAGUCUCGUUCCACUCGUUCUCUGCCAAAUUAUUAUGAGCCAGACCAAGCUGCUA